AGGUAUCGUGCAAUAACCAGUGCUUACUAUCGAGGCGCAGUAGGUGCACUGCUUGUCUACGAUGUCACACGACAUUCCACUUUUGAAAACGUCGAAAGGUGGUUAAGGGAGUUGCGAGACCAUACAGAUCCUAACAUUGUCGUCAUGCUUGUUGGUAACAAGUCAGACCUACGACACCUGGUGGCAGUAUCAACAGAGGACGGAAAAUCUUUUGCUGAGAAGGAGUCUCUCUAUUUCAUGGAAACUUCAGCACUGGAAGCAACCAAUGUCGAAAACUCAUUCGCCGAAGUCCUUACACAAAUCUAUCACAUUGUAAGCAAGAAGUCCAUGGAGGCUGGCGAUGGCGCUGCUGCUGCUGCCACAGUUCCUUCAAAAGGAGAUAAAAUCGACGUUGGUAAGGACGUCUCCGCUGUAAAGAAGGCUGGCUGCUGUUCGAGUUAGGCUCUUGAUUUGCAUUCUUUUCGAUGCCGCUGAUUCGAUAUUGCUGCAUCCUUAUGCGCACCAUAGUUGAGUAGCAAUUCUUCAGAGAUGUCUUCAAUAGGAUAUUGAUAUUGCCUGGAUUUUAUUUACUUUCCAAUAUAUUAUGGUCUGAAAAUUUAAGUUUGAUCUCACCGAGAGAGCCAUUGAUUUCA